UCACAUCUUCAUUUUGACCGUCUUUACCAGCUGUCACCUUCUUAUUGGGCCCAAACCCAGCCCAAUUUCAUCCGUCUUAUAAAUUUCACAUCUUCACGUCUGCUGCUUCUCUCUCGCCCCCAAAUCAAACCACACAUCACUUAUUUUUCAAUUCGAAGAUAAAUAACUGUAAAGAUGGUGGCUUCGGAUGCAUCUCGUGAGGACAAUGUUUACAAUGCCAAGCUUGCUGAACAGGCUGAGCGGUAUGAGGAAAUGGUUGAGUUUAUGGAAAAAGUUGCUAAGACUGUAGAUGUUGAGGAGCUUACUGUGGAAGAGAGGAAUCUUCUAUCUGUUGCUUACAAGAAUGUCAUUGGAGCAAGAAGGGCUUCUUGGAGGAUCAUAUCUUCCAUUGAGCAGAAGGAAGAGAGCCGUGGAAACGAUGAUCAUGUUAACAUUAUUAAGGAGUACAGGGGUAAGAUCGAGGCUGAACUCAGCAAGAUCUGUGAUGGGAUCUUGAACCUUCUGGACUCACAUCUCGUUCCUUCUGCAUCUUCGGCCGAGUCAAAGGUGUUCUACAUGAAGAUGAAAGGUGAUUACCACAGGUAUUUGGCUGAGUUCAAGGUUGGGGCUGAGAGGAAAGAAGCUGCUGAGAGCACCUUGCUAGCAUACAAGUCUGCUCAGGAUAUUGCUUUAGCUGAAUUGGCUUCUACUCACCCAAUAAGGCUUGGACUUGCACUCAACUUCUCUGUUUUCUACUAUGAAAUUCUCAACUCCCCUGAUCGUGCUUGCAACCUUGCAAAGCAGGCUUUUGAUGAAGCAAUCUCUGAACUGGAUACUUUGGGUGAGGAGUCGUACAAGGAUAGCACACUAAUUAUGCAACUUCUCCGUGACAAUCUGACAUUGUGGACAUCUGAUAUUGCGGACGAAGCUGGGGAUGAAAUCAAAGAGGAUCCCAAGCCAUCUGAUGAUUAGCAACAUCAAUGAAGUGCUAGAAUAGUAUUGUGUACUCGUCACAUUGUGUCUUUAUUACAGAUUUUCAUUUCGCAAGGAUUUGGAAAUAUCUAGUUUGGAUUUCAAUUGAUGAUUGAUGUUGUGAUUGGGUUCUCUAUUUAUGGCUCUUCUAAAUUGCAGUCAAGUGUAGUUUAUUUUUUUAUUA